AUGCCUCCACGAAUACCUAGGGCGAGAACUGGAUGGGCAAAAUCUCUUCGAACGCCAACUAAUCUUGAGAAACCACAUAUAUGCCCGAUAUGCUCGGUAUCUCAAUAUUCGCAGAGGUCUCGAAGCCAACCUCGAAAACGCAAACUCUUACCCAGUCCUGGAUUACAAGUUCGGCAGUCAUCCUCUGCUGCCAUACAAGCUAUACAUAAUGGAUAUCCCGAGACAAAAUAUAAAAUAGACCACAAUGCCCUUCGCAAAGCCCUAAUUGAGGUACAAAAAUACGCCACGAACUAUGUGAACAUUUCCAGGUUACAACUUGCAUUACGAGGUCUAGAACAACCCGAGGGCCAAGAAACAAUAAGAGUUGCAAUAUUAGGACUGGCAGAUGGAGGAAUUUCUCUUCAAAAAGCAAAGGAGCUCCUGAGACUCAUUUUAGCAGAUCCGUUAAAAUCGGAGGAGGAAUGGGAACGGGGUAUGCUGCGCGGAGAUGGCAUGGGUCGGCCAUUAUUAAUUAGGGUGGGACAUAAUGAGGAUGAAGGGUCGGAAAGAAGCGGCAGGUUGGUACAUGAAAUGAACAUCUCAUCUCCAACAUUUAAUGGGCAUAAGAUGGAGAUUUUGGUUCUGGAAAUGGACCCUCCAACAAACGAUGCUUCCGGACUUUUCGAGGAAACUGUUUUGGUUCCGACAAUGGAGAUACCAACCUCCAGUACAGGCCGAUAUACGCCCGUUACAACGCCCGUACAUAAAUCAUUUCUUCUUGGGCAUGGAAUUAUUGGAGCAGUUUCUCUCCUUUCAUGUCCCUUGGGUGCAUAUCAGGAAACUAUUGGAAGUGCCGUAGACCUUCGAACUUCGGAAUCAAAGUCUCUCCCUAUACCAUCUAUUGACAUCGCAUCUGGUAAUGAAGCUCUACAUACCUUUCGUGAGAGCAUUGAAAACGCAAUGACCUAUGAGCAACAGUGGCUGUCAAGUGGUAUUCCUGAGGUCGUCGAUUGGAUGAAGUCAGGUGCAUCGUCUACUCAAGAUAUCAUAAAAGAACCACUUCUUAGACUAAUCUUAUCAAUCAUACAAAACGCAGAUAAACGUUUGGAAACAGAACGAGCCAAACAAUUAUCCAUUCUUUUGUCCUCUAGAAUAUCUUCAGCCCAGAUGGAAUCGCUACGUCAUGAGCUCUCUACUUGGUCUGAACGUGCACAUACGGAGCUUCGAGAUCAACUAGACAUUGCUUUUGGGGGUCACAGGUGGCGCAAGUUGGGAUGGUGGAAAUUGUUUUGGCGUGUUGAUGAUGUUUCCAUGUUCACAACUGAUAUGUUGAGCCGAAACUUUUUGACUGAAGCCGAGAAAGAAAUCAUAUUUCUAGCCGGACGAACGGAGGAAGCUGGAGUUUAUCGUAAUAUACCUCUUCAUUCUGACUCUAUACAGAACUCCGAUUGGGCUUACACACCUGUCCAAGAGGCCCUUCCAGAAGGACUACCCCCUCCUCCAAAACUUCGAGAUGUUGUUCCAAUUGCAGCAGAUGAAGAUAUCAUACCAACAAGGAUACAACCUCAACCUUGGCCUCUGCAUAUUCCAAUUGCUAGGGCAUUCUUAUCCACAACUACUAUUCCUGCUCUUCAAGCCUUGGCGCAGAAGCUUGUUCUGCAAACUCUAAGCACUUCAUCCUUAACUUCAGCUCUUGCUGGUCUCAUGUAUGUGAGUAAUAUGUCCACCACGGUAUACGAAGCAGGAGCCGUAGCCGCAUUUGGUAUAGUAUGGAGCAUGAGGCGGAUGCAGAACAAAUGGGAGACUGCAAGAGCAUACUGGGAAGGAGAAGUCAGAGAGGAGGGUAGACUGGCCGUGAGAAACGUCGAAACAAUUCUGGGUGAACAACUCAACAAGGCAGAGAAGGGCAAAGAUCUAGACCCGGCUAUUGAACAAGAUCUUGAGAAAGCAAGGGAAGUCAUUAGGUCUGCGGAAGAUAUCAUACGUUGA